AUAGACAAAGCAGAGGACUUGGUAAGUACAGAGUCAAUGCUCGGAGGAAUUGAGAGAUAAGAUUCCAGUUUUCCUUUCUCCUUGGAUCUUCACUAUCUUACCCGCAGCUCAGCUCACAGGCCUCCAACCGACAACAGAGAGAUGAACAUAUCGAGAUCCACAACCCCGCAGAAUGAUCUGGAGGCUGCCGCCGGCGGCGGCGGCCGCCUCAACGAUCCCCUUCUGUCCAAGAAGUCUGAAGAGAGCGAGGCCCAGAGGCUGCGAUGGAAGUUCAUAAGAAAAGUUUACACAAUACUGUCGCUACAGAUGCUGCUGACCAUCGCCGUCUCAGCCGCCGUCGUAUUUGCAACUCCGGUCUCUCUCUUCGCAUACUCCCCUGCCGGCAUAACCCUCUUCGUCUUCCUCAUAUUCUUAAUCGUUAUGGUGAUGAUUCCACUACACUAUUACCGCCACUACAAACCUUGCAAUUUGAUCCUCCUGGGUGUCUUCACUGUCUCAAUAAGCUUCGCCGUCGGAUUUGCCUGCGCCUUCAUUGAUGGAAAGGUUAUUCUGGAAUCUGCAAUAUUAACUACAGUGGUGCUUGUGAGCCUCACCAUUUACACCUUCCUGGCAGCGGACAGGGUUCAAGAUUUCACCUUUCUUGGCCCCUAUUUGUUUUCUGCGUCGCUGAUAAUCAUGUUCUUCAUUGUAAUCCAGAUCUUAUUUUCGAUGGGUAAGAUAGCGACGAUGAUCUACGGGGGAUUGGCUUCGCUUGUUUUCAGUGCAUAUAUCAUAUAUGACACUUCUAAGAUAAUAAACGCUUACGAUAUUGAAGAUUAUGUGUGGGUUAUCGUCAAGCUCUAUCUCGACAUCAUCAAUCUCUUUCUCUCCAUCACUAAUCUCUUCAAAGGCUCCAACAAAAAUUAGGAAUUUGUAUAAUAUAUAUAUUGAGAGAGAUGAGAUUUGAUUGAAGUUUUGAUUAGGAAGUUUCUUUAUUAGAUUUUGUUUUCAAAUCUAUCACAGGGGCUUGAGGGCUGUAUUAUGUGAGGAUGCACAAAACAGAGAGUUACAGAGAGUUAAUUGUAACUUGUUUUUCUCCACAUUACAUUGAAAUCAUCCUCUCCCCCGUGAACAUUAA